AUGAGUGCUUUCGCUGUGUUUUGCUUCAUUUCCCUCUUCCUCGCUUCAAUCCAGUUGGCGGUGUUAGUAAAAGCAGCUGAAAAAACACAAAGCAAUGGAGGAGUCUACAUCGUGUACACAGGAGCAGCUUCAAAUGAGUUCCACUCUGAUCAUAUUAUGAGCUCCUCCUCCAUUGAAAGCUUGAAAGAUGGGAUCAUACACAAGUACAGCCAUGCUUUUUCGGGAUUUGCUGUAAGAUUAUCAGAAGAAGAGGCUAAACUAAUAGCCCAAAGGCCUGAAGUUGUAUCAGUUUUUCCGGAUCCUGUCCUCCAUCUCCACACAACACGUUCCUGGGAAUUUCUAAAAGAACAGAGUGUUAUCGGAUUAACUCCCCGCCGCCGUCGGGUUGCCAAACAAUCAAAUACUUCCUCUGUUUCUGGUGAAGAUGUCAUAAUAGGCAUAUUUGACACAGGGAUUUGGCCAGAAGUAAAGAGUUUCAAUGACGAAGGUUUGGGUCCUAUCCCCAAGAAAUGGAUGGGCAAAUGCAUUCGGGGGCGGGACUUUAAGCCUUUUAACUGCAACAGAAAAUUGAUUGGAGCAAGGAAUUAUUAUACGUUUGAUAACUCUACUUCACCGAAGGACCAAAAUGGUCAUGGCACUCACGUUGCAGCAAUUGCAGCCGGAAGGCCCGUGCCUGGAGCAUCCUAUCGCGGCCUGGCUGGUGGCACGGCUCGGGGUGGAGCUCCGGGUGCUAGGAUCGCCGUGUACCGUAUUUGUCAGGAUGAAUAUGAAUGCCAGGGUUCUGCAACAUUAAAAGCAUUUGAUGAUGCCAUAGCAGAUGGGGUUGAUGUUAUCAAUUUGUCCUUUGUACUAUCCAUUGCGAGCAGGUUCCUCGACGAUCCAAUUUCUAUUGGAGCAUUUCAUGCUGUUGAGAACGGAAUUCUGGUCGUCGGCUCUGCCGGAAAUGGUGGCACCGACCCGGAGCCUCCAACCAUCCAGAACGUUGCUCCUUGGAUUCUAACAGUCGGUGCCACCACCAUCGACAGGUUUUUCGAGUCGGAUGUUGUCUUGGGAAACAACAAAGUAAUCAAGGGAGGGGGUGUUCAUUCUGCUAAUCUUCAGAAGACUCCAAUCUAUCCAUUGACUGACGGCCUUUCAGCCAUGAAACCCGAUGCUGAUAUUGCUGAAGCAAGGAGUUGUUACGGAAAUGCAUUAGAUAACCAAAAAGUGAAGGGGAAGAUUGUUCUUUGCGAAGACAGCCUUGAAGAUGCUACACCAGAUGGGCAGUAUGAAGACAUUAAAUCUCUGGGGGGAAUCGGAAUGCUGUAUAAGGACAGCCAGUUAGUAGACUCUGUUUCUGAUUCUAUGCCCAGGAUCCCAAUCAGCUCGGAGGAUGGAGAUCAGAUUCCAUCCUAUCUCAACUCAACCAGGAAGCCCGUGGCGACUAUUUUACCGACAAAAGUUGUAGCGAACAAUACACCAGCUCCGGUUGUAGCAUUGUUCUCAGGGAACGGCCCUGUAUAUGGCAACGAUUACCUAAUCAAGCCUGAUGUUGUAGCACCAGGAGUUGACAUUUUAUCAGCUUGGCCUUCCACUGAAACGAAUGAAGCCUUCAAUAUACUCUCGGGUACUUCCAUGGCUUGCCCACAUGUGAGUGGAGUUGCCGCACUAGUCAAAUCCCGAUAUCCAUCCUGGGGUCCUUCCGCAAUUAAAUCGGCUAUUAUGACUACAGCAAGUCAGACGAACAAUUUAAAGAAACCUAUAACAAUAAAUGUCGGGAAUCCUGCUGACCCCUUCAACAUGGGUGCUGGAGAAGUGACGACUUCUGGCCCUAUACAACCAGGCUUAGUUUAUGAAACAGGAAUAGCCGAUUAUUUACUAUUUCUCUGCAACCAUGAAGAAUUGAUCUCCAACAUGAACUAUCCAUCAAUAAGUGUUGGUCCUUUGGACAAGUCCAAAAGCAAGAAAGUGAAAAGGACCGUGACAAAUGUUGAAGAAUCGGAAGAAUCCGUUUAUACAGUAAGCAUAGAAUCAACUCAGGACUUGAUUGUGGCAGUGAAUCCUGCAACAUUGCAUUUUACCAAGGAGAAGAAGAAGCUAAGUUAUGAAGCGACUUUCAGACACAGUAAUAUGACAGGGUUGUUCGGAUAUGGACAUGGUUCGAUCACAUGGAGUAACAAUAAGUAUAGGGUAAGGAUCCCAUUUACUGUAAUUACUUAG